AUGGAUGUCUCUAAGGAAAUCGGUCAAUUGGCCCAUAAGGCCCAAGACUUGUACAUAGAAUUGUUGUCGGACAUCGAUGGAUCUGAAAAGAACUUGCAGAUGGCACUUUUCUUUGUAGUUUUCAACCCAACUUUCUGGAACAUUGUGGCGCGUUUGGAAUACAACACCCACUUCAUCACCAAGAUCGCAGGAUCUGCUAAACGCGGGUGCUACUUGCUGGCAUUCACCAUUUUUUCCCUUGGGAUAGUGCGCGAUUACUUCUACCACCAGGCGCUAGGAUUGCAGAAAACGUCUGCUGCACUCGACAACGAUGUCAUCAAGACCAUUGGUAUGGGUUUGACUGGUGUGGGCCAGGUCCUCGUCGUUACGUCGAUGUACCAGCUAGGUGUCACUGGUACGUAUUUGGGUGACUAUUUCGGCAUUUUAAUGGACCACAUUGUGACGUCUUUCCCCUUCAACGUCAGCAACAACCCCAUGUACCACGGUUCCACACUUUCGUUUUUAGGAACCGCCCUUUACUACGGCAAAGCUGCAGGCAUUUUCGCCACGCUUUUGGUGAACUUGAUGUACAACAUUGCCCAGCAAUUCGAAGAGCCCUUCACCGCCAAGAUCUACGCAAAAAGGGAUGCCGAAAGAGCUGAGAAGGCCACCAAAUCGCAGUAA